ACAUGUUGAAAAUCUGUCAGUUGUCACGUUUCGAAAACACAAACCAAUUUUUAAUGAUUUAAGUGCACUUAACUGUUAAAUUAAUAGGAACUCGACGGUUUCAAAAAUGAAAUUUACAGUUCAAAAUGUGUCCAGGUUGCGGCCGCGUAUCGGCGUCCUGUCCAAUUUGAACGACAGACCGGAGGUGAACCUCGAAACGCCGAUGCUCUUGCUUCACUCGCAGGGUGGGCAAAUACCACAUGUCACACAUGAAGUCUUCAAACUUGUCAGUCAGGAUGCUUACGUACUGCAAAUACCACUGCAAAGCGUUCACAACUUCCAGGAGACGAUGCAGCACUACAGGGGGUCCAUCAGUGAAUUUGUGGGGAGCAAAAACAGCUUCUCGUGCAUAACAUUCCAAGAUCCAAGCCAAAUGACCAAGCAUGGCCACCACUUGAAGACAAAGGUGCCUCUGUGGACAAAAAACGGGCUGGUCCACUACGAUCCGACGAUGUACAUGAAGAUGAUGGAGUCUGUGAAGCCCGAUAUGUACAUUUUCCUCUCAGAUGGUGACACAAACAAGGCCAGUCACCAGAAGCGGAUCACUAAGUCGGUGGACACCACCAUAGACUUCUACAAACAGUGCCUGGAGUACCACAGAAAGUCAGAGGUGUUGCAAAGGUCGUUCCCGAUGGCGUGUAUCACUGGAGGGUAUGAUUUGAAGGCACGAGAAAGAUGUCUGGAAACAGUGUGCAAAGACCCAGACAUACAGGGAUAUUUAAUUGACGGCCUCCACAAUAAUGGACCAGAAAUUGAGUUUUUGCCUUUUCUGGAGCUGAAACCAAUCGUUGAGCUAAUAAUGAAAACGAUACCGGAGUCAAAACUGACUUGUAUUCAAGGCUGUUGGAAUCCGGUGAACAUAAUCAAGUUUGUGCAACUAGGUGUGGAUUUGUUUGAUACGUCUUACUGCAAGAUUGUAACGGAGCGGGCUGCAGCUUUGACUUUCAGUAUGGAUUUGGAAGGGGAAGUUGAGGAAUAUGAAAUAAACCUAAGAGAUAGACUAUAUAGUGAUGAUUUUAUGCCAAUUCUAAGACACUGUACGUGUAUGUCUUGCAAGAAUUAUUCAAGAGCGUAUAUUCACCAUUUAUUAACAGUUCAAGAACUUUUAGGGCCCAUUUUAAUUAUGGUCCACAAUAUUCAUCAUUACCUGAGGUUCUUCCAACAAAUUAGACAGUGUGUAAAAGAAGAUAAACUAAACGAUUUGGAACUGAUUGUUGCUAAACAAUUUAAAAAUUAUGAGGACAGUAUGAUGAAAAGAGAAGAAUUAGCUGAAGCAUCUUGAACAUCAUUAGUAUCUUAUUUUACAAUUAACAAAUAGUCAUUUACAUAAUAUAUAUUUUUUAAUAUUAAUAUAUAUUUUA